CUCGCCGAAAUUUUUUCCGUCGUCGCCGGGAGCCUGUUCGCAGGCUAAUGGUUUGAAUUCGUGCGUCAUGGACAAAACAGGUGACCUCAAUUUUCAAGAUCGUAACUGUGCACUGCUCUUGUAACUGUCCCCGCUGCAACAUAUUUUUAUGCCUUAAUAUAAUCCGUUUGAUCCGUACCAACUUGUGUACUGUCCCUGCAAUAUGCGUUCUAUACUUGUUCUAUAUACUUCUACACUUGCCGCUUGUCUGAGGCUACUAGCUACGUCCCCGAAACAUAUCCCCUCUAGUAGCGUGUGCCGACCUUUACUUACUAAGAAAAGCCCGGGAGGCCCAUGUGGAAAGGUCAGGAAUGCUCGUCGGAAAAUUUGAAUUUCACUGAGCAAUCUAGGCGCGGCUGGAGAUUUAUUUUACCCCUAAAAGUUAUUACUUUAAAACGGACAGACAACGGAUUUUUUAAAUUAUUUCUUCGAGUGUAAAAGAUACCAUGAUGGCUAAAAAUAGUGAAUAAUUCACAUUCACAUAAUAGCCACUCUCUGCCUUAAUGAGGAUAAGUUAUGGGCGAAAAACUUUUGCCUAAGGCGCAGGGUGAGCUGAGGGUUUUGGGUUAAAUUUUCCAGCGUCGCUGAAGGGAAGGUGGGACGGGAAAAAACUGGACGAACUGAAACUAAGAGUGGACUUUCGAAAAGAGGGCGAAAAAGGCCAAGCGGGGCGUGUAAAAAGUUUUAUUAGGACCUCUAGGGACUUGAAGGGCCAAUAGAAUUAAGACAAACCAAAAACAUGUGAUUCAUAGAAGUGACGAAAGGCACGUUGAGGCUUUUCCGUGAGCGAGAAUAGCGUUGUUUCCUGCACAUCCUAAGUGAGACCAAACUCCGUGACUUACAACCCUAAACGAGACGGCGAGCAUCCCCGACGUUGAGAUAUGGGGGUCUGCUCCAGCCCGGGAUGAAACACUCCGAGAGGUGACCAGAUACCUUAUUGGCGUAUUGCUUUUAUAACUUGAAUUACAAUAGGGAAUGGUACUUAACAGGAAAGUUGCUUGUUCCAUUGCGACUUUAAUGAUAUGCAACGAAAUGUGAGUUAAAACUCACUGAACCUUACAGACUACGUAAGAUGUUGUCAAGUUCUUUUGUUAAACAGAGAACUUCACGCAUAAUAAAUAUAUGGACUUAUACGAGAAAUCUUGCCUAGGCCAUAGUUAGUGGAGGGGACUAACCAUGCCCAGGCCGGGUACCACAAAAUCACGUACUGUAAACUGAAUGGAUUGAUCUUGUUCGAUCGUAGAAUAAGGCCUGUUACCAGCACUCUAGACAAUGAAUCAUACGGCUCGGAGAAUAGGAACAAAACCAUGGUAUACACACUUGGUUUCCAACAAAUCUUUCGUAUCCUGUUCAGUGGGUCUAGUAUUCUUCUCUCUAACUUUCAUGUACACAUUCAAGACACCAGUACAGAGAGGAAUUUAUCGUACCUUUGACAACACAACCAUUGUGAGAGCGAUCUAUCCUGAAUCACAGUUGCUAUUCACCUUGGAGAGGAAUUCACAAUUAAUAAAACAACCCAAGAGGGUGAAUAUCAUUAUCAUGUCUUUUCCAAGAUCGGGAUCUUCAUUUCUGGGUGACAUUUUCAAUCAGCACCCAGGUGUUUUCUACCUUUUUGAGCCAGUACGUACUGUGCAAAGGAGUUUCACUAGAAAUUCCUUAUUCGAGUUUGAUUUCUCUUCCUCGUCUUACCAAAACAGAGUUUUUGAAUUUUUUGAAGAUAUUACAAACUGCAGGUUUGCCAGUGAGAUAUUUAUCCGUUACCACCUACCGCAAGAUCGUCAUCACAGCUUUGCACUAACCUCUCCUCCAUUCUGCCUCAAGAACGGAACAUCUAUGGUCUGCCGCAAGCUUGAAUCGCACCAACUUGAGGACGUGUGCAAAAAAAAUUACAGCGUGUUUGUUGCAAAGAUACUCACACCCAGAAUACUGAAUUCUCAUGGCGAGUGGACGAAUGAGAAGCUUUUACAACGUUGUUCAUCCGGUAGUGCGAGUGAAUGUAAAAUAAUUCAUUUGGUCCGAGAUCCAAGAGCUGUUGUGGAAUCUUUGAAGUCUUUGAAGUUUUUUAGGAGAUCACAUGACCCAAGACGCGAAUUAUCAUGGUUUGUGAAGAAGAUUUGCCAUCAAAUGGAGUUUGAUGUCGAGGUCGGAAAGUUGUUAAGACCUUCUUUACCCGAUGGGUACAAAUUGAUCCGUUUUGAGGAACUCGCUCAGCAUCCAUUACCAGUAGCGAAUGAACUGUACAAGUUUACUGGAAUCGAAAUGCUAGAUACCAUCAAGAAAUGGCUGCACGAGACGACAAAUUCACGAAGUGGUCACAGAAGUGCUUACAGUACCAGUCGCAACUCACAGCAAGUUGUUUCCAAUUGGAGGACAAAAAUGAGCUCUGCGACUGUGAAGAUUAUUGAAAAGUACUGUGGAAGUGUAAUGAGACAAUUAAACUAUACUAAAUUAUACUAAAUUGUAAUGAAUUAUACUGAAUUAACUGGCAUAUCGCUGAAAGAACAACUGAAUAUGAAUAGUUCAUUGAUCGAUUAACCUUAAUCAGACCUUUCAUUCAUUCAUUCAUUCAUUCAUUCAUUCCGUUUAUUCUGCCUUUUUACUUAAUACUUUACUUUUACUUGACCUGGGGGAAGAGCGAGUUUUUGAAAGCCCUCACCAGCCAUGAAGACUUGCCACUCUUUGAAAUACUUUUAAAAAAAGUAUUUCAGCAAUGAACUCCAAAUUGGCGCCUUUUCCUCAAAUUUAUCUGUGAACAAUUACAUUAUAUGCCAUUGGUCAAGGAUCUUGAAGUUUCCAUGGCAACCAUAUUUUGCCAGUCUUCUUUUAAAAACUUAUUGUCUGUAAUAAGAAUCAAUUUAACUUUUUUGCAGUUAGGUUUACUUUCUUAGCUCAUCAUAUCUUUCUUGAUUGGGUUUCGACUUAUCUAGAGUCAUUAUUAGCGGUUUUCAGACGUUUUAUAAAACCGCAUAAAAUCCAAGAUGGUGUCAUUUUAACGUCACUGGACGUCAUAACUUUACGUUACGGACCUCAAAGGUAAUAUUUUUGUACGUGCUCUAAAU